AAAAACUGAAAACAACCACAUUAUUAAAAAAAAGAAAAAAAAAAGAAAAAGAAAAAAACAAAACGCAACCAAACAGUAAUGAUUACAAUAUGAAGCAGAAAAAAACAUCAUAGGUGUGGAGAGCAGAUCCCCUUUUUUACUCCGUUCGAUCAGAUUGACUCGAUUGCUCUGGUCUAGGCGUAGACCUCACAGCAGUUCUCUGAUUGGUCCACACGUCCUGGCGCCAAAAGUGAUAGGAGGAAGAAGAAAAAUCCAACAAGAGAAGUUUAUGCUCAAUAUUUGGAGUAUAUAUUUGGUGUAUUUGCUGCUGUUGCUCCCAUUUAAGCAGAAAUGGAUACACAGUCGUAUCUUCCCGUACAGCCUGGGGUUGGGAUGGAGGAGAAUUUCCUGUCUCUCGACGAUAUUUUGCUCUCUCAUGACAGACUUCCCAUCCGGACAGAAUGCACUUUCCCACGUCUUGGAUUCCUGGAGAAGUCUAGUGACACUCAGGACAUAGCGGAGGGUACAAAGAUGGAGCUUCCUCUGUGGUUGUCCAAGGGUCUGUAUGAGAGAAAGAGGAGGGUGGUGUCAGUGGAGCUUCCUAAAGUGUACAGACAGGGCUGGAGGACCGUGUUCAACGCUGACCCAAACGUGGUGGAUCUGCAUAAGAUGGGGCCCUACUACUACAGCCUGGGAUCCCAGAUGCUACACUUUGAUAGCCCAGAGAAUCCAGAUAUUGCACAGACACUGCUGCAGACAUUCAUUGGCCGGUUCAGACGGACAAUGGACUCUUCCCAGAAUGCCUACAAUGAGGACACAUCUGCACUGGUGGAGCGUCUGGACUGUCUGGAGAAAGGUCUGUUCAGGUCCGGACAAAGUGGACUCAAUGGUUUCCAGAGCUGGGAGAAGGGUCAGGCCACACAGCUCACUGCCUCCAGUCUGGUUCUCAACUACCGCAAGAGGAAGAUCACAGAUGUACCGCCCUGACCCCGACCUGCAGUUAACAGAUGACAGACGCUGCUCAGACUCUGGUCAGUGCUUCAGAGCAGCAGCAGACUCUGACUGACUUGUGUUUUCUUUGCCCAUGGACAACGUACAGUAUACAUUAUAAAUAUGUUUUCUUCUUUCAUUGGUUGUGCAGAAACUUGAUUUCUGAUGAGCAUGCAGUUGAUCUAGGAAUAUUAAAUUCUUGAGACUUUGAUUAAUUGUUUUUUAUCAUAUAGCAAAGUAAAGAUGCCAAACGUGCUGGUGACAGAUUCACAACUGUAAAGAGUUGUUUAUUUUUUCUGCCUUAGGAUAUUUAGGCAGGUUAUGCCAUGUACACACCACAUGACUUUCAAAGUCACCAGUUUGCAUUACUGUUCACAAUACUCAACAUGUCUUAUAAAAUCAUUGUGGUUUACACACUGCAUGACUGAUCAGUGUCAAGGGGUCACAGAUUACAAGAUCUUUCACCAGGAGGAAUCCCCCAAGUCUGUCUGGUCUCCAAACUACAUUUUGUCACGAAAACACAUGAUAAAUGACACAGGAAAUGAUGAAUACCAUGCAUGAGACAGGAUUUUUUUUCUUCCAAAAUGAAUGUUCACAUGAAACGGGCGUUCUUGUGCACUGAUUUUCAGCGAAAAAACAAGGAAUAAAAUAAAAUAAUGUGGAUAAGAAUGGGGGAUAUGCGGGCAGCAGAGAUUGAUGUUACACAACUCCUACCCCAGGUAUCCUCUCAUCUCAUGUGUUGUGCUGUCAUUGGCUGUAGCUCAGUGCCAGUCACUAGCAGGUCACAACACUGGUCACACUAAUGGAUUUGGACUCCCUGAUAUUUAAUCUGCUAAAUACCUUUUGGGCAUCUGCGAUGUGUCAGCGAGUCUCUUGGAAUGUGUCUUUGAAAAUUUCACAAAUAGAAAUUGACCAAUGUCCUUGGCAAAUCAUGUAGUGUGAACUAAGCAUUAGUAGUAGUGGUGGGUGGCGGCUGAACUUUUUUGCUUUUGUAAAUGUAAUUCUGUAUUAAAACUUCCA